CACUUCUGGACCUCCAGUGCCCAGUGCAGGGCCAGGCACAGAGAGGGCUCCAGAAGGAUUUGAUGAGUGAGUGAAUGGAUGAAUGAGGAGCUUAGUGAAUGGAUGACCAGUGAAUGAAUGAAUGAGUAAGUGAAUGAAUGAACAGUAACUAAAAAUGAGCCCUAGAAGAAGCUAGGUCAGCCUGAGGCCCUCCAGGUAUGCCCACACCCCCAGGGAGGCUGGAAUUUGGGGGGGCAGGGUCAUCCUGCUGGCCAGUGUCCUCCCAGGCCAGUAGGGCCUGUGUUCAGCAUCAGGCUCUGCAGUAAUGGGGCCUGGGUGGUGGGAUGGCUCUGCCGAAGGGAGCAUGAGCAAGGUGAUUGUGUACUGGUUGUGCAGGCACAGGGGCAGGCUCAGGAAACAGGUUCACAGGCUGUAGAGGACCCAAGCCGCCAAGGGCUUCCCGGGGACUCCAGGCUGACUUACGCGUCCCAUGUCCUUGGCCAUCUGGGGGAACGGGCACAGUCACCCCUUUGGGGCAGUUUGCAGAGAGCUUGCCCAUGCACACAACCAGGAGGGCCAGGCAGGGGGCUCACCCAAGCCUCCACGCACCCUGGCCAGUGCUCCAAGCCACCCCAUCCACGCCGGCCUGCAGAUUUGAAGUCUGAGACACCUGUCCCCUCCAUCAGUGGCCUUUCACACUCUCUAAGCUUAAAAGGAGAAGGAGGAACCCCCCUCCCACUGCCUCCUCUCAAAGCCAGCGAGGCUGGAGCAUGUGAAGGGAGUCGGGGUCCCCCACCACACAGAGCCACCUCGUAAUUCAGUUUUAAAGCAUGAAAAAAGGGAGUUGAUGAAAUCCCGCUAUCAGCGCUGAGCCAAUAUGCAAAAUAUCUCACCCCCAAUCAAAUAGCUAUUAUGUUUUCAUUUCCAUUUCAGCGUCCGGCUUAAUGAGCAGGAGACGGAUCAGUGCGAGGGUGUCUGCUUGCCAUGAUAACCGAGAAGCUUGGGGCGUUUUGGGGGCUGUGCCCAACUCUGCCCUGAAGGGCCAGUGGCCACAGUUGCCCCUCACUGACACCCCUGACUGGGGAAGGAGACCAGCGCUGCUCUCUGGGGUCCGAAGGGCUCAGGGAUGGGUGUAGCCUGGCUCAACACAGGCAGGGUAUAGUGUCAGAAAGGGUGGCAUGGGGCAGGGGUCUGAAGUCAGUCCCCUGCCUUCCUGUCCCGCUGCCCCGGCCCUGCUUCCUAGAUGACAGCAAGUCUACUCCUCUUCCUGGGCCUCAGUUUCCUCAUCUGAAAAGUAGGCGUGACUCAGACUUACCUCUGAGGGCACUGGGAGGCUUGGGGAGGGAGACAUGCCUAUUGGAGGGUAGCAUUCAGGGCCUGCCUCCCCCUCCACACUACCCCCAAUGAACCUGGUCCCCUGGCCACCCAUAUCCCUCCCAUUGUCCUUUCCGCGGCUCCUCCCAUCAACCCAUCCAGCUCCCAGGAGUGUGUUUCCCUUCCUGCGCACCCUUUCCCACCUGCCCCUUUGUGCUGGGACCACCAACCUUCUGAGCCUCAGUUUCCCCAUCUGAAGUAGGGAUGUGAAGACGACCUUGCUGGGCUUUGGGAGGAGCUAAGGACGACAUUUGUAAAAUGCUGAGCCCAGGGGCUGGUACACAGUCAGUGCUUAAUAAGCAUGUGCCCCGCCCCAUUUCCCAGGCCAUGCUAGUCAGUGGGUGGUCGCAGUGGUUGAUGUUGAUCGAGCAUGUUCUAUGCCAAGCCCUGAGGGCAGUCCUCUGAUUUGGGCCAACAACACACUUUCUCCUCUUGUAUUUCCAUUCGUAGACGAGGAAACCGAGGUUCUUAGAGUCCGGCGGCUUGCCUGAGGUCACACAGACACUGUUCCCUCGGAGAUAUGGAGGCCAGAGAGGAGGCACAGGCUGUGGACAUGGGCCUCACAGAGAGGGAGGCAGCAGUGCUGGAGCCAGAACCUGCAGGGGAGCCUGAGCCCCCAAGCCCUUCCAGUGGAGACACAGAGCCACCCAUAUCCCCACCACCGCAGCCACCCCCCACACCCCCAGGAGGUCCUGAGGAGAUAGAAGGGCAGAAGCCAGAGACACGGCCAGAGGAGGAGUCAGGCAGCACCUGGAGUGGACCAGACGAGCUGGAACCGGUGCUGCAGGAUGACAGGCAGUGGUGCGUGCGAGCCCGGCGAGGCCUGGCCGAGGGCUUUACCUGGGGCCCAUUCCGUGGCAGCAUCCAGAGCAGAGCCUUGUCCCCCAGGCAGGCACAACCGAGCCCUCCCCUGACCCUGCAGCUGGAGGAUGAAGUCUGCUGGCUGAGGACACUGCCCCAGGCUGAGUCGGAGGCUGAAGCCAACUCACUGAUCUACAGGAAGGACGAGGCGCUCUGGUGCAGGACCACCAAGCCGGUGCCAGCGGGCGGGCUGCUGAGCAUGCGCCUCGUGGCUGAGUCCCACAGUGCCCCCAGCCCGCCCAGGAAGAGGGAGCCAGGGGAGGCCGAGGGCCAGGCUCCCGUGCACACGGACAUUCAGCUUCUGCCCCAGCAGGCCGGCAUGGCGUCCAUCCUGGCCACAGCGGUCAUCAACAAAGACAUCUUCCCCUGCAAGGACUGUGGCAUUUGGUACCGGAGCGAGCGCAACCUGCAGGCCCACCUGCUCUACUACUGCGCCAGCCGCCAGGGCGCUGGCUCUCCCGCCGUGGCGGCCACUGAGGAGAAGCCCAAGGAGGCCUACCCCAACGAGCGCGUCUGCCCCUUCCCCCAGUGCCGCAAAAGCUGCCCCAGCGCCAGCUCCCUAGAGAUCCACAUGCGCAGCCACAGCGGAGAGCGCCCCUUCGUGUGUCUGAUUUGCCUGUCAGCCUUUACCACUAAAGCCAACUGUGAGCGGCACCUGAAGGUCCACACGGACACCCUGAGCGGUGUAUGUCACAGCUGCGGCUUCAUCUCCACCACGAGGGACAUCCUCUACAGCCACCUGGUGACCAGUCACAUGAUCUGCCAGCCCGGCUCCAAGGGUGAGCUCUACUCACCAGGCGCUGGAUUCCCGGCUGCCAAACCCCCCGCAGACAGCCUGGCCAACUUCCCGCAUCAUGCAGUCCUGCAUGGCGCCCUGGCCACCGCGGACCUGGCGCCCACCCUAUCGCCAGGGCUGGAGAGGAAGCCCCACGCCGAAGCCACAAACGGAGAAGCCUGGGCAGCCCCCCAGAAUGGCGGUGAACCUCCCGUCAUCCCCCGGAACAUCAAGGUGGAGGCAGAGGAGGAGCCAGAAGUGUCGAAGGCUUCGAGCCCCACGCCCCGGGCCCCCUCACGCACGCCGUCGCCGCGCAGCCCCCCGGUGGUGCAGGUCAAGGCCGAGCGCUCCAGCCCCUCGCCCGCCUGCAGCCCCGCGCCCGGAGAGCUGGGCACGCCGGCUGGGCCGCUCUUCUUGCCGCAGUUCGUGCUCGGCGCGGACGCGGUGCCGCAAGCCUCGGAGAUCCUAGCCAAGAUGUCCGAGCUGGUGCACAGCCGGCUCAAACAAGGCCAGGGGGCGCCGGGCCUCUUCGCGGGGGCGCCGGCCCCCAAGGGCGCCACCUGCUUCGAGUGUGAGAUCACCUUCAACAAUAUCAACAACUACUACGUGCACAAGCGCCUCUACUGUUCCGGCCGCCACCUGGCCGAGGACGCGCCCGGCGUGCGCAGGCCCAAAGGACCCCUGUCCGCGCCCGCCGGGAACCUGCGGUCGCCUCCGCACCCGGCCCCGGAGUGCGACGCGGGCCGCUCGCCGCCCAGCCCCGAGGCGCGGGAGGAGGCCGGCGCGGGACCCGGGGCGCAGGCAGCGACCCCCGAGGCCGAGGCGGUCGGCCGGGGCAGCGAGGGCAGCCAGAGCCCCGGCAGCUCGGUGGACGACGCGGAGGACGAUCCGAGCAGGACGCUGUGCGAGGCCUGCAACAUCCGCUUCAGCCGCCACGAGACCUACACGGUGCACAAGCGCUACUACUGCGCCUCCCGCCACGACCCGCCGCCCCGCCGGCCAACCACCUCCACGCCUGCGGCAGGCGCCCCGCCGCCGGCGCGCACGCGCAGACGCCGGAAGCUCUACGAGCUGCAUGCGCCCGGCGCCCCGCCCCCGCCAGCACCUGGCCACGCCCAUCCUUCGCCGGCCGAGCCGCCCGCGUCGCCGCGCCCCGGAAGCGGAAGUGGCCGCGCACUCUCCCCGGGCGCUGAUGCCGCCGACGGCCCCAUUGACUUGAGCAAGAAGCCUCGGCGCCUGGGCACCGAGGGGCCACCCGUUCCUGCAGCGCCCGGGCCGCUGCCUCUGGCCGACUACCACGAGUGCACAGCGUGCCGCGUGAGCUUCCACAGCCUCGAAGCCUAUCUGGCGCAUAAGAAGUUCUCGUGCCCCGCCGCGCAGCUCCGCGGCCUGCGCGCUCCCGACGACGCCCCCUCCGCCGCCGCCGCCGCCGCCGCCGCCGUCGUGUGCCCCUACUGCCCCCCGAACGGCCUGGUGCGCGGCGACCUCCUAGAGCACCUCCGCCGGGCUCACGGGCUGCUGGUGGGCAGGCCCCCAGCCGGCCCCGGGGCGCCCGAGGCCCGGACGCCACCUGCCCCCGCCGCCUCCCCGCCGCCGCGCGCUCCCCGGGACAGCCUCAACGGUCAGGAGCCGGCCGCCGGCAGCCCCCGGCCCGGCCCGCCCGCGUCCCCGGCCUCCACGCCGGCCGGCAGCCUGUCGCCAGUGCCUGACGCUCUGUUGCCGCCCCCGCCGACGACCCCUGCCCACUCGGACAAGGGUGUGCAGACCCCCGGCAAGGGGCCGCCGGUGCCCAACGGCAACCACAGGUACUGCCGUUUGUGCAACAUCAAGUUCAGCAGCCUGUCCACCUUCAUCGCCCACAAGAAGUAUUACUGCUCCUCCCACGCUGCGGAGCACGUGAAGUGAGCUGGCCGCCGCACUCUGCUCCUUGUCACCCCAGGAGCCGGGGCUGGCCCGUAAGGAUGGGACUGCCCCCAGGCUCUGGGGACGCUUGCUCCCGCCACCCACACGCGCGGAGCACGGGCCUCGGCAGACGGGGACUGCUGGUGGCAGCGCCCAGCUGGACUAUUGGCACUUAAUAAAGACGUUAAGUUUGGUGAGCACAGUGGUGGACAGGUCUCCUUCUCUGAGCAGAAAGUAAAGGGGGCCCUGAUAGCAGUUCCUGGCCAGUUCCUUGGACACCAAGCACUGUCCCAAACACCUCCGGCUGCCGCGUUUUUGGUGGCCUGAGGUCAGCACCACCCCUAGCGCUCACGGGCCAGUGGGUCCGGAAUGAUCAGGGCUCUUGCCAGAGUCGAACAGCUAGCAAUGGCUGGAGCCCCAGGUCAGUGUGGGGCCACAGGAUAUGCUGUGUGGCUGUUCUGGGCCCACUCCCAGCACUGCCCAGACCCACUAGGGGCUACCUCCCUGCAAGACCCGACCAAGAAGGCCGGCCUGGUCACCACAUACUAAGGGCGUAGUCCUGGCUGCGCACAGCCCUCCCAUCCACUUGGUCCCAGGGACCUGGGUGGCACCUGUCCACUCUUUGACCACCAGGGAUGGGAGCUGCUGGGAAGGAGCUGGAGAGAAUAGAGAGGAUGGAGCCCCAUGGUUGCUGAGGCAGGGGUAGAGUAGGACAAAGCAGAGCCCAUGCACCGGGAGGGGCCACGUUUGAGCUUGAUUCCUAAAGCUUUCCUGACAAUGAGGAGGAGGGCCAAAUCCUGACCCAGGUUUUGCAUCUGUUGGUGCACACCCCCCUUGGAGAGCAAGUGGGUUUGGGCACCUUCUGGGGCAGGGCAGUGUAGGAGCCAUGCAGGGUGAUGGCUAAUGAGCCCGUGCCUUGAGAUGUGUAACAGUCACCCACGUCGUCCACAGGCUCUUGCCCAGCUGACUUCCACCCCCGGCCUGAGCUUGUCCGGACUGGGUUCUCAGCAUUCAGGGCUCCUGCACCCUCCAAGGGGCCUGGAAAACUGUACAGCUACCAUGCUUUACAUUCACUCUCUGUAGACCAGCUGGGUGGAGAGGCAGUCCAGGCCUGUGAUGGGCACUCAGCCCUUCCUGGGUUGGAACAAGCAGCUGCAGUGUGCCCCUCAUUUGCAUUGUUCUGUGUGAAUUUGCAUGGAAGGUUCCCAAGCCUGCCCCCAUCUGGGCCCCUGAGGGACUGCAGGUAUUGCUGUGAUUUCCAAACACUUCAAAAACUUGACCCUGAAUCGGAAUGAGCUUACUGUAUGUAAAUUGAAAAUAAAUUUUUUUUAUGGUGCUUGAGAACAUCAGGGAUAUGGUCUCAGGUGAUCAGCAGAUGUUGAAAGGGGGAAAAUCCCACUCAGGCUUGACGAGGUAGGCGGCGAGGCAUCCCCACCACCACCACACACAUAUACAUAAACCAAAGAAAACCAAACCCGUUGCCAUUGAGUCGAUUCCAACUCAUAGUCACACGUGUAAAAUGUAAGGCACACACGAGUGUGAGCUGACCCCAGAGGAAAGGGCUGGAAAACAGGCCUACUGGGCCUCACUUGCCGUGUUCCCAGAUGUGCCUCAGUUUCCACAUCUGUAAAAUGAGGAACAAGGAGGGGAUGGACUCAACUGUGCAGCUCCUGAGAGUUCAGCUCAGGAGGCAGAGACUACCCAACCUGUGAACCUCCACCUGAUGGCCCAACUGAGCCAUGCCCUGGUGAGGUCCCCAGCUCUGCAGCCCACAGGCCCCCAAAGGCCCCAGGAGGGAGGGCCACUGAAGCACUGGGUCCUUGGUCACAUGCCCCCCAUCACCACCACGCUAGGCUGGGCCUCCUGCCACCCCUGCUCCAUCGA